GGUUGUCUCUUUAAAUCAGAUCUGCAGUGUUGAUGGACCCUCUAGCAGGCACGAACGCUGUAGCAGUAGCUUCAGUUCAUUUGCCACAGUCUGUCUUCUCUCAGUCUUCAGCCUGGCAAUCUGUUGAUAACUCUACUUGCAAGCUACAGUUUAUUGUCUUUCGGAAUGGAAAACUCUUUCCCAGCACAGGAAACUCAUCAAAUCUCGCAGAUGAUGGGAAACGUAGGACGGUUGCCACACCAGCUGUUUUUGCUAAAAUAGAUGGGUGCAGUUUUGGAAACCUCACCAGCCCUCUUACUAUAGGACUGAGGCACUUUGCACGGGGUAUAGACCCCAUUGCAGCCUUCUGGGAUUUUGACCUUCUAGAUGGACAUGGAGGCUGGUGGGGAGAAGGGUGCCACAUAAUUAGUUCUGCAGGCAAUAUUACCACCAUUCAGAGUACACACUUCAGUAACUUUGCAGUGCUAAUGGAUUUUAAGACAGUGCUGUCUUUCCCCCAGUACCCAGGGGAGUUUCUGCACCCUGUGGUUUAUGCAUGUACUGCAGUUAUGUUGUUGUGCCUGUUUGCUUCCAUUAUCACCUACAUUGUCCACCACAGCACAAUCCGAAUAAGCAGAAAAGGAUGGCACAUGCUUCUCAACUUUUGUUUCCAUACUGCUCUCACAUUUGCUGUUUUCGCUGGUGGAAUCAAUCGCAUUAAAUAUCCAAUUAUCUGUCAAGCUGUUGGCAUAGUACUGCAUUAUUCUACACUCUCUACUAUGCUAUGGAUCGGAGUAACUGCCAGGAAUAUUUAUAAGCAAGUCACAAAAAAACCUCAGCCAUGCCAAAACAGUGACCAACCUUCUUAUCCAAAGCAGCCACUACUCAGAUUUUACCUGAUUAGUGGUGGAGUUCCAUUCAUUAUAUGUGGGAUUACAGCAGCAACCAAUAUCAAUAAUUAUGGGAUUGAAGGCAAUGCACCAUAUUGCUGGAUGGCCUGGGAGCCCAGUCUCGGUGCGUUUUACGGGCCGGUGGCAUUCAUUGUGCUGGUGACCUGUGUUUACUUUCUCUGCACGUACGUGCAGCUGAAGCGCCAUCCUGAACGCAAGUACGAGCUGAAGGAAAAGACAGAAGAUCCGCAGAGAAUGCCAAGUACUGACGUGGGCCAUGGUCACAUUACAGACCCUGUGUCCGUUCCCCAGGCAACCUGCCCCAUGAUUUCUUCUUCCUUAUUGGAAAAUGAGCAUUCCUUUAAGGCUCAGCUUCGAGCCGCAGCAUUCACUUUGUUCCUGUUUACUGCCACUUGGACCUUUGGAGCGCUCGCAGUAUCUCAAGGGCAUUUCUUGGAUAUGAUAUUUAGCUGUCUUUAUGGAGCCUUCUGUGUGACCUUGGGGCUUUUCAUCCUGAUCCAUCACUGUGCAAAGCGAGAUGAUGUGUGGCAUUGCUGGUGGUCCUGCUGCCCAUCCAAAAGAAACACCUACUCUGUGCAAGUCAACGUGCGCCCGAAGGUCAACGUCAAUGGCGACACUCAAGUUCACGCACCUUGUCUGCAGGAAUCGCCGUGCCCCAACAAGUCAGCUGUGUUUAAUCACCCAGCAGCGAGCCACUGCAAGCUCACUAACCUGCAAGCGGUUCAGAACCACGUUAACUGCCUGUCGCCCGUGACACCUUGCUGUGCAAAAAUGCACUGCGAUCAGCUGCUUGAUGACGAGGCUCACAUUCACGUCCACAACGAGGGAACCUUCAGACCCAACAUGCACAUUCACAGAUGUCUGAAAAGCAGAACUAAGCCACGUUACUUCAGUCGGCACAGGUCAGCAGGGGAGAGAGAGUACGCCUACCACAUCCCCUCGAGCAUUGACGGCAGCAUCCACAGCUCGCACACAGACAGUCCCCACAGCACACACGAGAGCCAGGCAGGGCACAGACGGGCCUGCUGCUCCAAGAGCGAUCCGUACCCCACCGUCAACCAGCCCGAAAGCAGCGACGCGAGUACUGUAAUAUACAGCUGUGCUAAAAUGCCAGACAGUGACACUGUGCACCACCCAGCUCACUUUGAAAUGCACCCACGGACACAGUCAUUGCCAUUUAAUACAACAAAUCACAACGGAAUUCUCAAGGGAAACAUGCAUGAAGCCAUGAUAUACAGCUCAGAUAGUACAGGAAAUAUCAAAACUGGCCCUUGGAAAAAUGAAACUACUGUGUAGUUCGUGGGCCAUCAUCAUGUGUGGGGUUUUUUUUCCCUAGACCAUCAUUAUCUUUGUUUUUAUUCCAAAAUAAGUAUGGUGAUACGUUUGCAUAGCUCAUCAGUAAAUUGUACAGGUUUUCAUUUUCUUUGUAAGUGUCAAAAAGAGAGGGAUAGUGACAGUUUUAAAGCGAAAUUAUUUUUAAAAGGAAGUUACAUAAUUAUUCUGAAAGAUAAUGAGAAAAUGAAGUCUAGACAAUUGAAUAAGAGAGGCAAUAUCCUUUUGUUAUACAGAAUGACAUUUCUUUAAAAACAUCAUUUCCAUUCAUUGUUUUCACUUUUUUUCUUUAGUAACUUCAGACACUUUUUAUAAACAUAUCAGCAUCUUAAACUUUUACUUAUUUAUUUUUGUAGAAAAAUAUUAUUACUGUGCCAUGGAUUUUAAUCAGAAGUGGCUAUGGUAGAAAUGAUAAACAUGAUUUUAUAAAAUUGCAGCUUUUUAGAUAUACAAAAGUGAUACUGCCUCUUAAAACCUUCUGUAGCAUAUGGCCUGUAAAGUCAUAAUGUACAGUCUCUGUUCUGUCCUUUUUCUUGUUGGAGAGAAGUGCUAGGUAAUGUCUCUGUUACAUCCUUGGUGCUGUAUUGGUUGUAUUUUGCAUGACAUAUGUCAGGAUAUACCAUUUGCUGUUUUCUAGUGUUACAUGUGUUUAAAAAAAAGAACAAAAAAAAGUGUGGUACAAGGCUGUGAAAAACCCUAUUGAUAUUAAUCUAGAGCAUUAUAAAUCUACAGGAAAAAAAAAAUCACUCUGCACUAGUUUAAGUGGCACAAUCCUUUGUAUAAGGUUAUAUGAUAGCUUUGAUAAGGGUCCACUCUAAUGUCUUUACGGAGCAUGCACUACUCAUUGUAUGUGGCACUGUGCGGUGUAAUAGCAAUUGUCUCAAUAAGUUUUACACUUCUUUGUAAAGUAUGCCUUUUAAACGAAUCUGUAAGCUGUUCCACGGUAACCUUCCCACAUCUGUUAAGGUAGAGCAGUUUUACCAUUAACUCUUUGAGGACUACAGUUAUUUUCUUAAAGUAGCUUAUUCUAGUUCAGAGAUACUGUAUAUAUGAUAUUGUCUAUUUAGUUACAUGAUCAAUGUAGUCCAGAGUUGCCAGGAAAGAGGAAGUUCAGUAAUUUUCUAAAAACACACCUUCUUAAUUUCUAAAAACACACCAUCUAUUAAUUUCACUACUUGCUUUCUGAAAACCCAUUUCCUCCCCUAGCAAAAUUCACAUUGUCUUAAUGCUUUAAUGCAAAUUUGACCUUCAGACAACUUCUUUAUGUUCAUGAUUUCUGCUGAAUUGUAGGGCAUUCCAGGGUCAGUAACAUUCUCUAUUAACAAGGUUCUUGGCAAGAUUUUUUUCAUGUUUCCACGAACAUCUGGACACAAAGCAUCAACUCACUGUACAGAACUGCAUCAGAAUGAUCACUGUAAGAAACAAAACUGCUUUUUACAAGUAGGGAGGGUGCAGAAUAAUAAUAGAUUUCAGAAAGUGAAUGGGAGCAUAGAGCUGUGAGGAAAAUGUCUACAGUGGAAAGUGCAUGCAGAAAUGAGAGAAAAAGCAGAAAUUCUGUAUGUUCUCUAUUCCCAUUCAGAGGUUUCCUCCCAGAUUUGCCCUAAACAAGGACAGCCACACAAGAAAGUUUGCUAUGUUGUCUCCACACAGACUUAUGUAAUUGCUGCAGGGAGGAAAUAGAAAAUUCCAUUGAGAGACCAUCAGUCUGCGAUUCUUUGUGUCUAUGUGGCAGAAAUCUUGACCAUACUUCAGCCCCAUAUUUUUCUGUUAUUAGCAGUUUAUUAGACUCUACCUUCUUUUUUUUUUUUUUUUGAAUAUGUAGGAAUAAAUUUCCUAAUAGUGUACAUAAAGAUGACAAUUAUAAUUGUUAGAAUGUUAUAAAAACAUGUAAGUCAGAUGAAUGUGUUCUGCAGUGUUGCAGGUGGGAAUUAGUACUCAAAGGGUUAAUGCUCAGUAUCUGAGUGCAAGAAAUCUUGUUUUUCUGUAUUUUUGUAAAUUUGAAAUAUAUAUUGUAAACUCCAGCAGUGCAAUGUAUCCAUCUCAGAUUGUGUAUUUUUAAAAGGUGAGCAAGAAGAAUGCACUAGGUGGUUGUCAAGUUUUAAGCCAAUAUUCAAGAGUUUCAUGACUGCUUCUUUAGCUAAUACAAAAAAAAAAGACAAAACACUGAGCUUUAUUAUGUAUAUGCUGUAUAUGCUUGAACUGUCUCUAAACUAAAAUACAGUAUUUUUCUUUGUUUGCAUACCAAAAUA